AUGAUCGAUAGUGGGAACUGUUCAACUUGCAAUAAUCCACGAAGUACCAGAGUUGAGCUUGGCCACCCUCCUGAAGUUCUCCUUGUCCACCUCAAUCGAAUAACAUACCACAAGUCCGCAGUCACCGACGCAUUUGAGACGACCAAGAUCAAUCGACCGAUCACCUUCUCUGCGCAAAUAACACUCCCGCCAAGCUUUUUCGAUUCACGCUGGGGUACAGAUAGACAGGCGGUUGAGUAUGAAUUGUCGUCGGUUCAGAUCCACCAAGGACCGAACACAGACCGGGGUCAUUAUCAGAUUGCUCUCCAGGGCAAAGAUAGGACAUGGGUCCUGGCGAAUGACGAAAAAUUAUCUGGAAUUACAUCCUUCGAAGAAUUUUCUGCAGACAAAGAGUUUCAGAAGGUUGCUUACGUCUUCGCUUACCGCCGGCUUCCCACGAAUCCAGCAUUUCAAAGUCUGUUGGAGGCUGAAUUAUGUUCAGCACCGGGUCAAGAACCCGGGACAUGGACUGUAAAGUCCAGGAGUGCUGCAUCUACGGCCAUUCCUGUUGUAACAACUGCUCCUUCUAUGACGGUCUCAACGGCUCCUGUCAAGGGUGCACCUAUUGUUGCUUCAAUUCCUUCUUGGACUUCAACUAUCGGAGGCGAAGGAGCUCAGACAAGUGGCUCCUUUACACUUCCGGUAUCUGACGACCUCGAAGAUAAGCAGCGCUGCGCUUUUAGGAUAGAAUAUAUCAAUCAUAAAGGUGAACAAAAGUUGAGCAAGAGGAGAGCUGGGGAAGAGCCGGACGAUAAUAUACAGAAGAAGAAAGCAAAGAUUGCAAAGAUUGCAAUCAGUAAUCUAACUCGAAGGGCAAAAGGAAAGAGGAAAAAUGAGAAAAACCGUGGAUAA